AUGGAUUGGGGCCUGAAGGUGUCUGAGGGUAUCUCUCUAUUGCUGACGGUCCUUCGGGAUCCUGCCCUUCAGAAAUCAUCCAAGGCUUGGUACGUGCUGCGUGUCCAGGCCCUACAACUGCUGGCUGCCUACCUUAGCCUCUCAGCAAACAGUCUCUCAGACACCCUGCGGGAGCAACUCCAAAUCCAAGGUUGGCAGACCCCUGAGACAGCACUCUUAGACUCCCACAAGCUCCUCCGAAGCAUCAUCCUCCUGCUGAUGGGCAGUGAUGUACUUUCAACUCAGAAAACAUCUGUGGAGGCACCGUUUCUGGAUUAUGGUGAAAAUGUGGUACAAAAAUGGCAAGUUCUUUCAGAGGUGCUGAGCUGCUCAGAGAAGCUGGUCUGCCGCUUGGGUCAGCUGGGGUGUGUGAGCGAAGCCAAGGCCUUCUGCUUGGAGGCCCUGAAACUUACAACCAAGUUGCAAAUACCAUCCCAGUGUGCUGUUUUCCUUGUGCUGAAGGGGGAGCUAGAGCUGGUCCGCAGUGACAUUGACCUCUGUCAGUCAGACCUGCAGCAGGUUCUGUUCCUGCUUGAGUCUUGCACAG